AUGCCCAAGGAGCCUACGCCACCGUCGUCAAGCGCACCCCCCUCUUCCCGCUCUCACGUCAUAACGCGUCACAAUUCUAUCGGCGUGAACGGCGUUCAGGUUCUGGACCCUUCCCCUUCCGACCCCGGCGCACUCUUCAUUCACCCGCCUUUCACCGUGUUUCCCGACGCUGAUAAGCACAAAGAUGGCCUAACCUACAAUCUCAUGGCCACAAACCCAGAGUGGUUCCUCGAUCCAGCCGAUUUCAUAUCUGCAAUCAACGACAACCCGAACGCGAUCCGCUACCCUCCUCAGCUGGAGCCCCCUCGAGGCUGGUGUCCUGCCAAGAAGAAAGAGCUCAAAGAUAGCUGGCCUGAGGGCGAGGAGCCUCGUCUGCGGUGCACUUUCUGUAGGCGGACAUAUGCAGGCGUGAAUGCCAAGAGCAUGUGGAGACGACACGUCUACGAAAAGCACAAGAUUGCUAUGGCCAAUCGCCGUGAU